AUGGUACCGGCGUACUCCUGGUGGCGGUCGGACCAGGCGGUUCUGGUGGCCCCGUACACGGUCAUCCUGCUGCUGGCCGUACUCGGAAACGGCCUGGUCAUCGUCACGCUGGCCGUCAACAAGCGCAUGCGCACUGUGACCAACCUGUUCCUGCUCAACCUGGCCGUUAGUGACCUGCUCCUCGGCGUCUUCUGCAUGCCCUUCACCCUGGCCGGAGUCCUGCUCAGGGAGUUCGUGUUCGGGGAGCUCAUGUGCCGGCUCAUACCGUACCUCCAGGCCGUGUCCGUCUGCGUGUCCGCCUGGACCCUGAUGGCCAUGUCCGUGGAGCGGUACUUCGCCAUCUGCUACCCACUCCGGUCCCGGACCUGGCAGACCCUCCGCCACGCCCAGCGGACCAUCGGCGCCGUCUGGGUGGCCUCGCUUCUGCUUAUGCUGCCCAUCGCCCUGCUCAGCCAGCUGCAGCCUGUCAAGGACUCGGGGAAGAUGAAGUGCCGCGAGGACUGGCGCGAGCCGCUGUACGAGCGACUCUUCACGCUCUUCUUGGACGCUCUGCUCCUGGUGCUUCCCCUGCUCGGCAUGACGGCCACCUACUCCAGGAUCGCGGCCACGCUGCGCUCGGCCAUGCAUCACGCCCCCUCCGACGUCGCCUGGCACAACGGUUCUGCAUUCAGCGCAGUUCAUCCUGCCGAUCAGCAACCAGCUUCAAGGCUGAGCCAUCAGCCAAGCACCAUCCGCUGGCAUCAACGCGACCAGGACAGGUCUCUCGCCACAAAACAGCGGAUCAUCCGAAUGCUGUUCGCAGUCGUGGUGGAAUUCUUCGUGUGCUGGACUCCACUUUACGUGCUCAACACCGUGUCUCUGUUCCAACCAGAAGCGGUCUACUAUGGACUUGGAUACCGGGGCAUCUCCUUCCUGCAACUCCUGGCAUACGCCUCCUCGUGCUGCAACCCCAUCACCUACUGCUUCAUGAACAGGACGUUUCGGGUCAGCUUCCUGGGCUUGUGCCGCCACUGUUGCCGGACUAAGGGUAAACUCGGCACAAGCCGGCACUCCACGAAGCAAUCGUUUGUGUACGUGGUAGGACAGGAGGCACAGUGAGCUCCUGCUACGAGUGUACCAUACAGCGAGGAGAAAGGCUGGGCGCCUUUCAGAUGGCCGGUCUCCAGCACGUGCUCCCUGACCAGUGCCUUCCACCGUGCUUUGGCUAGGAUAUCGUUUCGUCGAAAUUCAUUUCCUGUAAUUACGAUCUUGUGGACUUUUCAUGGACGCACGUUUCAUG